AAUAGAACAUUCUAAGACAGCUGGGUCGACUGAUCAGCAUUACAUAUGCAAUGACUGGGGAAUAUUGAUGUUCGUGAUAAUUUAAGACAAUUUGAGUAGGAGAUGGUUUAAGUUUGGAGAUGGUCAAUAUGAAACUCAGGCUCGUCAUUUUAUACAUAACCUGUACAUUAGCUGGUACAUCGGCACAAUCCAGAUCUACACAUAUUGGAAUAUCACUUUCUAAAUAUCAAUGCAAAAAUGAGACAUAUUUUAAAUUCCCCCAUGCAGAGGUACUAGAAAAUCCUCUGAAGGCAUUUAAAGUAAGGACACACACUAGAUGCAGAGCUAGCUGUUCUGUGAUUCCAGAUGAGUGCAAAUCGUACAACCUGCGGAAGAUUGAAGGUGAGAAACACAUAAAAAUGUGCGAGCUACUUGGACCAUAUUUGACAAUUGAAGCUCCUACUGCAACACCAGAUGAUGUGGACCAUUAUCUACGAGAAAUCCCAGUUGAAUGUAGAGAAAACGAACAACUGAUAUCUGGAGACAGGUUCUAUGUUGCUGAUUCAGGGUUAACUGCGUCAACCACUCAUUCAAGUAGUCAUGGCACACAGAGAUCUAGAUUAGACACCCAGGCGGGUGGAGGUCAGACGGGAGCCUGGUCUGUUGGUACAAAUAAUAUAAAUCAGUGGAUACAAGCAGACCUUGGCGAGGUCAGGGUAGUGGCAGGGGUGGUCACACAGGGAAGACAAGAUAUGGGCCAAUGGGUUAAAUCAUACAAAUUCAUCUAUGGUGAAACUGAGAAUGAUUUGGAAGAGUAUGGAAUGGUUCUUCCGGAGGUACUAGAAAAUCCUCUAAAGGCAUUCAAAGUAUUGACAAACACUAGAUGCGAAGCGAGCUGUUCUGUGAUACCAGAUGAAUGCAAAUCGUACAACCUGCGGAAGAUUGAAGGAGAGAAACACAUGAAAAUGUGCGAGCUACUUGGACCAUAUUUGACAGUUGAAUAUCCUACUGCAACACUAGAUGAUGUUGAUCAUUACCUUAGAGAAGCUCUAGUUGAGUGCAGAGAAAACAAACAAAUGAUAUCUGGAGAUGAUUUCUAUGUUGCUGACGCAGGGAUAACUGCGUCGACCACUCAUUCACAUAGUCAUGGUACUCAGAGAUCUAGAUUAGACACCCAGGCAGAUGGAGGUGGAACGGGAGCUUGGUGUGUUGGUACACGUGAUAUACAUCAGUGGAUACAAGCAGACCUUGGAGAAAUUGUGAUAGUGACAGGGGUUGUCACUCAGGGAAGACAAGCUGGUGGCCAAUGGGUUAAAUCAUACAAAUUCAUCUAUGGUGAAACUGAGAAUGAUUUGGAAGAGUAUGGAAUGGUAAGAGAAUAG